UCUGACCUCUGACCCGGAAGUGCGGGCUCUGGCUGCCGGAGCCGCUCCCGGUUCCCGGUUCGGUAUAAAAUAAGAUCAUUAUAAUUUUUUUUACAUUAAAACAAGUCUUUUUUUUUGUGUGUGUGUAUUUCGUUUCUUUCCAGUUCAUGUGUCGCCGGGAGUGAGUCGGGCGCCUCCCCCGGACCCCGAUGCAGAGGCAGAGCCGGGCCUCGCGGACGCGGGGCGGCGCUCAGGAAAGGCCGAGGAUCAAAGAGGAGAAGCCCGAUUUUAGGCCGCAGCCGCCCAAGCGCUCCAGCUCCGGCUCCUCCGGCGGCAGCUGGUCCCCGGUCCCGAGGAAACGUUCCCCCGGGGACCGUCGAGGCGCCAGGCGACCCGAGGCACCCUUGAGACGGGAACCACAAGAUCAUGCUCGAAGGCAGCACAAGGAAAGACGACACCGAGAUCGUUCAGAAGGUGACGAGCACAAGCGUAAAAAGGAUGGCCACCGAGACCGACGGAGAGAGGCAUCUGACCGAGGGCGAGCUCACGAUGAGAGGAACAUGAGGCCCCGCGCAGAGCCUGGGGUUAGUGGCCGCGACCGGGAGAGCCUGCAGCUGAAUGAGCAACAGGCAGAGCGUGAAUAUCAGAAUGAGCGAAGGCGUCAGAACCGCCAAAAUCUCCAGACCCUUUCCAACGAGAAUCCAGAAUCUGAUUCGAGGGACAGUCAGGUCAACGGUGGCGAGAGCACGCAGCCAAAGGAGGAGCCAAGCUUUGAGCUCUCAGGAGCUCUUGCAGAGGAUGCAAAUACCUUUCGUGGAGUGGUUAUAAAAUACAGCGAACCCCCAGAGUCCCGAAUCCCAAAGAAAAGGUGGCGUCUUUAUCCCUUUAAGAACGAUGAGCCUCUCCCAGUCAUGCACAUUCAUCGUCAGAGUGCCUAUCUUUUGGGGCGGCAACGUAGGAUAGUGGAUAUCCCGAUCGAUCACCCCUCCUGCUCCAAACAACAUGCAGUGCUGCAGUACAGACUUGUGGGGUACACACGGAACGAUGGCACGGCAGGCCGCAGGGUGAGACCGUACAUCAUCGACCUGGGCUCUGCCAACGGCACGUACCUCAACAACCAGCGCAUCGAGGCCCAGCGCUACUAUGAACUCCGAGAAAAAGAUGUGCUGAAGUUUGGCUUCAGCAGCAGGGAGUAUGUCAUUCUCCACGAGUUCUCAGACACGGCUGAGGUGGACGCAAAACAAGAGCAGGAUGAAGACGAAGAUGAGGAAGUAGAUGAUUGAUACGGGCUCCGCUGACUGACUGUGAAAUCGGCAGUGAAAUCUUACUUUUCCCUUUUAACUUUAGAGAGCAAUAGCUGUGCUUCACUCUAACUGUAAGUAUAUUGGACUGUUCACUCCCACCCAGACACCCCCCCCUUUUCAAAGCCAAACCAAGUCAUGGCAUGUGAGGGCCCUCCUCAUUCAAACCCAACAAAACCUUUCAAUUUACCAAAACACACCUCCAAGUCCAGCUGGAUUCAAUUGCAUUUCCCUUUAGACCAAAUCUGUGUUCCUUCAUAUUUCCAUGUUUUUCGGAAAGGUGUUGACAGAACGGUUGCAAGGAAGCUGGGGAAUUGGCCACAGUAUAAAAUCUUGUGAAAGCAGCACCAAGUGUUAAUUGACGAUAUGGGGUGGGGGGUGAUAUAUUCAUUGUUCCUUGGGCUUUGAUUUUCUAGGUUUAGACCAUGAAUAAGAAGCACGGGCUGGCAAUGUUACAGUAGUCACAUCUUUGCUUCAACCCCAUAUUCACGCCUGUGUUGCUUUUCACGACUUUCUCCCACUCCCUAAUCCUGAGUUGCAGUUAGUUGCCUGUCAGAUGUCUCUAUGUUACUAUUCCUCCGAGAGAAGACUUUGGGUUGAGAUUCUCAUGUAAAACCUAUCCUGAACCCAGAUAGUGUUGAUGAGCUUCUUGACUCUCCUACGCAUUUACUUGGUGAGUAAGUACAUUAUAGAAAAGGCCAAGAUUUGAAUGUUUUGACUGACGUUUAUUUUAAGGUGAGAUCUCUUUGCAAAAUAUAAGAUAAUUUUUUUUUGUGGGGGAAAGAAAUGCAGGGUCUUUUUCUCUCUUCCCCGAACUCCCAGAUGCCUUAUGUAAAAGUGAAAGAUCGUUACACUUUUUGUUUCUGAGAUUGGUCAGGCGAAAGCAUUGACUUCCACGGAUGAGGGUGUGAGUUUAAUUCCCUGCCUGUCUGUAGAUUGAGUUUUGCUGGUUUCAAGCCCUGUUUGGGGACAGUAUGUUUGAAACCAGACCAGUCAGACUCUUGUCUUCAAAUGUCUUGUCAAUUGUUAAGGAACUGAGCAGGAAACAUUGGAGUAAAAUUUACUCCAAUAAAAAUCAAGAUGUCUUUAGAGCACCUUAGAAAAAGUAUUUACUAAAUGUGCUGGUUACAUCCAACGGUCGGCACCAGUAAUCUCCCCCCAUUUAUUUUCAUUAUGUUGGCAAGCUUUUUAGAGACAUGGAAAAGGUUAGGUUUGAUUGUCAGCUGUCUGCCAAAAACCUUAACGUAAGGUCAGAUCCAGGGCAGAAUCUUAUGUCUUUCAGGAGCUGUGAUAAUCAAUGGGAAAGGUUUGGGGAGCACGGAAUUUACAGACCUAUUGCCCAGCUUGCUUAAGUCGUAUUUACUUUAAGUACAUUAAAGUAUUGCAAUGCCUUUGCUCAUUGGAAAAAUAUACACUCUGGACCAAACAGCUCUGCUGCAUGGGGGUGGGGUUGAGAAACGCCAAAGUAUAUUGAUGUAUUUGGGUGAUCGGGACAUCGCUUUAAUUGCAGGAUUGAUGGCAACCAAAAUUCUGAAAAAGACCUUUACUGCAUUCGCACACAACGAAUGUAUGGCCAAAAAACAAGCAGUUGAGGGGAAGGGAAACACCUGUUUAUAUUUUUUUUCUACUUAAAAUAAUUACACAUUCUCCCCCGUCCCAAACCCCUUUGUGAACAAACACAUCUACUAGAGGUGUGUGGGUUUGCAAACCAAAGUGUUGCAGUCAAUCCCCGAGUGCGGCAGUCCAGUAAACAAGCGAUUGUCCGUCCUGUGAUACCGGGUUGUUGCUGAGCAACAGGAGAGAGCAGUGAACAAUGACACGGGUGUACCUUUGACACGUUUUGCUAUUAAAUGAAAACUGUUUUAAAAUAUCUGUCAAAAUUCUAUUUUGUUGUACCAAGGAAACUGAUGUUUUGUGGAUUGUAAUUGUGCCUUUUACAAUCUGCUGCGUUUUCCCUUUUUGGCACUGUUCAAUUUUUAGUAAAAAAAAUAGAUUUCAAUGCA